AUGUCGCAAACCGCAACAUCCAUUGAACUUGUGAGCUACCCGGAGACCUCGAUUCCAGCCCUCGCAGCCAAACCAUUGAGCAAUGGGAGAAGCAAAGACACGCUGUCGAUACCUGAGGAUUUACGUCCUAUCAAUGGAGUCCAGGAAUCUUUCGCUGCUGAACAGCGAGAUGGUCCUGGCAAAGGAACGACGGCUAUCGUCUUGGUGACGGUCGUGUGUGUCACGAUGGUCAGCUCCAUGCUGUCGGGUGUCAUGACUGUCACGCUGCCUACAGUUGCACGAGAACUAGAACUCGCACCUAGAUGUCUUCUCCAAUCCGCCUUCACACUGGCAUGUGGAUUGGCGCAGACUGGAACACAGCUCAUCGUGUUCCGUGCUUUCGCAGGCGUCGCCAUCUCCUUCUGCCUCCCCUCGGCUGUUAGUAUCAUCACCAGCACGUUUCCAGAAGGCAAGAGCAGGAACGUUGCAUUUGCAUCCAUGGGCGGUGGCCAACCCAUAGGUUUCUCCUUCGGACUAGUGCUCGGAGGUAUCUUCGCUGAUACCAUCGGAUGGCGAUGGGGUUUCCACCUCAGCGCGAUCACCAACACGAUCGUCUUCGUUCUUGGGUUGUUCGGUCUACCAAAAGUCGACAACAAGCAGUCGCAUGUCUGGUCUCGUUUGCAGAGCGACAUUGAUUGGAUCCGGGAGCCUACCACCCUCGGUCUGUUAAUCACUGCGAUCGCUCUCAUUCCCGCAUUCAUCUUCUGGGUCGGCAGACAAGAACGACUGGGCCGGCCCGCGAUCAUCCCGAAUUCACUCUGGCGUAACCGCAUCUUCAGCAUCAUCUGCAUCGGGGUCUUCAUCACGUGGGGAACUUUCAAUGCCGUGGAAUCGUACCACACACUGUUCUUCCAGAAUGUCCAGAAGCUAUCGGCGAUCCAGACGUCGAUCCGGUUCCUACCCGGACCAGUCGCUGGUGCUCUCGCCAAUCUGGUAAUGGGCCUGAUUGCUCACAGGGUUCGAGCUGACUGGGCGGUAACUGUGGGAUUGUUCUGCACGACUCUUGGCGGGCUGCUCAUGUGCGUCAUACAGCCCGAAUGGUCCUACUGGAACUGCGCAUUCCUUUCCGUGUUCUUUAACCCCAUUGGUGCGGACGCUUUGUUUACAGUCUCGAACCUUGUCAUCACCUCAGUGUUUCCAGCGCGGACGCAGGGACUGGCAGGCGGCGUCUUCAACACGGUAGCGCAGAUUGGCAAAAGUGUAGGGCUGGCGACCAGUGCAGUGAUUGCGUCUAGUGUGACGGAGCAUUCGGGCUAUGUUGAGAAAGAGAGUCCUGCAGCACUAAUGGAGGGAUUCCGUGCGGCAUUCUGGUAUCUGUUUGCGUUGAGCUGCGCUACGGGUCUGCUGUUGGGGUGGGGGCUGAGAGGAAUUGGGCGGGUGGGAAUGAAGAGGGAGUAA